AUGAUGCGGACUGUGCUCCUGCUGACGGUGGCUGUUCUGGGAGCCGCCGCCGACCAUCCGCCGCCCGCCGUGUCGUCCUACCAGGCCGGGGCGGCCGUCAGUGCGGCACCACAGCCCGUCCAGGACACCUACGAGGUGGCUGAGGCCAAGAGGGCCUUCCAGCAGGAGUACCAGAAGCUGGCCAGGGAGGCUGAACUGGCCCCCGACACCCACCAAUACACUGCGCAGCCCCAGUACUACCAGCAGCAGCCCCAGUACUACCAGCAGCAGCCCCGUCCCGCCUACACCCUCGGCCAGGCCCCACAGCCCGUCCAGGACACCUACGAGGUGGCUGAGGCCAAGAGGGCCUUCCAGCAGGAGUACCAGAAGCUGGCCAGGGAGGCUGAACUGGCCCCCGACACCCACCAGUACACUGCGCAGCCCCAGUACUACCAGCAGCAGCCCCGUCCCGCCUACACCCUCGGCCAGGCCCCACAGCCCGUCCAGGACACCUACGAGGUGGCUGAGGCCAAGAGGGCCUUCCAGCAGGAGUACCAGAAACUGGCCAGGGAGGCUGAACUGGCCCCCGACACCCACCAGUACACUGCGCAGCCCCAGUACUACCAGCAGCAGCCUCAGUACUACCAGCAGCAGCCCCGUCCCGCCUACACCCUCGGCAAGGCCCCACAGCCCGUCCAGGACACCUACGAGGUGGCUGAGGCCAAGAGGGCCUUUCAGAUGGAGUUCGACCGGCGCGCUGCUCUGGCUCAGUCUUCCUCGUACAACUGA